AUGGUCAAGGUCGCCGUAGCCGGUGGUUCUGGCCGUGAGUCAAUGCCCAAUCGUGAGAUAGAUGUAGACAAGGCUAACUGUACCUUAGAGGUUGCUCUAGAGAUAAUCGAUGCUCUCUUAGCUUCUAAGAAACAUGAUAUCACCAUUCUAAGCAGAAGGAAAGCACCUGAGAUUCCUAUCGCACCCGAAAUACACUGGCACAUGGUAGAGUACGACGACAAAAACGGCCUAAUUGAAGCCUUGCAUGGAACUCAUACCCUAUUGUCCUUUGUGCAAAUUCUCUCCGAUCCCGACCAGAAUUCGCAGAAGAAUCUCAUAGACGCCGCGAUUGCUGCUGGCGUGAAACGCUUUGCACCUAGUGAAUAUGGAAGCAAGGGAACAACCGAUAUGGCUUGGUGGCGCGGGAAAGAGGUAAUCAGAGAGUACUUGGCAGAGGUCAAUGCAAAAGAAGAUGUUCUUGAGUACACCCUGUUUCAACCCGGUCUCUUUUUAGACUACCUGGCUUAUCCCUACAAGACAGCUAAACACGUCAACCCGCUGCAAACCGUCUUUGAUUUUGCAAACAGGCGGGCUAUGGUUGUUGACGGCUACGAAGAUGCUAUCAUGACACUAACCACCGUAUCAGAUGUUGCUGCAGUUGUCGCUCGUGCAGUUGAAUAUGCUGGCAAGUGGCCUAUGAUAGGUGGCAUCAGGGGAAACAGAGUCACCUUCUCUCAAGUUCUUGAUAUUGGUCGCAAAGUUAGAGGAAAUUCCUUUGAGGUCGCCAAGGCGAAAGUUGAAGAUCUCGAGGCUGGAGAGCUCAAAACUUCAUGGGGCUUGGACGCAGUUCAUCAUUCCGUACCUAAAGACCAAUCAAAUGAUCUUCUAAAGCAAGUAUCUGUUGGUAUUCUGCUAAGCUGUCUCAAGGGGGCUUGGGACGUAUCGGCCGAGUUCAACCAGACUUUCCCUGACUAUGAGUUCAGCUCGAUUGAGGAUUUCCUCAGAAAGACAUGGGAGGGAAAACUAUAG